AUGCCUAGGCGACCGGAUUACUACAAAAUUCUGGGUGUCUCCACUGACGCCACUCAACAACAAAUCCGAAAUGCAUACAAAAGAGAAUCUUUAAAAUCCCAUCCCGAUCGAGUACCUGCUGAUUCACCAGAGCGACCCGCCCGAACUCGGAGAUUCCAAGAGAUCAAUGAUGCUUACUAUACUCUUUCUGACCAAACACGUCGGCGAGAAUAUGACGCCCUAAGAGCCGCAGAAGCGUACGAAGAGCCAGCAGAGGAAGUGCCUCGGGAUGGCGGCGGCUUCCCAUGGUCUGCCUUUGGAUUUGGCACCACCACGGAUAGCGAGCAACGAGCCUCUGAGCAAUUUGGGUCCGUCUUCGAGGAGAUGUUGCGGGAAGAGGGACUAGCCGAGGAUACCGAUGCCGAUGGCCAACGUCGUACCAGGCCUACAUCACGCUUUUGGUCUGUUGUGGGCGGUAUCAGCGGUGGUGCUUUAGGAUUCAUUGUGGCCAAUACUCCCGGUGCUUUGGCAGGUGCCGUUGCAGGGAAUCGCCUUGGUGCUGUUCGAGACGCAAAAGGCAAGAGUGUCUACGAGGUUUUCCUGGAACUGCCGCAGUCUGAAAGAGCCCGACUACUUAGCGAAUUGGCAGCGAAGGUCUUCCAGACUACUCUGGGUCGCUAG